CGAUGGCGUCACAGGUUCAUGGCGGCGCUGGACGUGUGGGAGACUGCGGCUCCGCGGAGGAGGCGCUCGGGCGCGCGGCGACCGCGGGCACGGGCGGCGGCGGCGGCGGCGGCGGCGGCGGCGGCGGCGGCGGCCCGGAGUCCCGAGGCGGGGCUCGAGGCAGACCCUGGAGUCGUGCUUCGUCGCCUCCGGGAGGCUGAGGGAGACCUGCUCCUCUCGGACUUCUGGAGUUCAGCACUAGACACUGUCAACAGGUGUCUUACAAAACAUCGGGAGCAACUGGAGGCCCCGGUGGGGUCUCUCUCUGGAGCCCUGGGAAGGCUGCAUCUGGCUGAGUCAGCCGUGGCCCCUGGCUCUGCGCCGGCAGACGUGGUGGCCCCUGGAGCCUGCCAGCUCAAGUGUGUGUGCUACGGCCUCGGCAGCUUUGCCACGUGUGUCGUAGCGAGAAACCAGCUAGCGUUUUUGCUCCUCCUCCUGGAAAAGUGCCAGAUCCCCAGAAGUCACUGCUGGGUGUAUGACCCUCUGUUCAGCCCACUUGAAAUUGCAGUUCUGAACCGCCUCGGUGUGGCUGUUCUGAGCGAGAACGAGGAAGGAAAGCGGAGUGUUGCUGGCGAGCCCACCCUCUUCUACAUGGUGCACUGUGGGACGGCCUUGUACAACAACCUCUUGUGGAGGAACUGGUCUGUGGACGCGCUUUCCAAGAUGCUCAUCAUCGGCAACAGCUUCACGGGGCUGCAGGAAAGGUUGUUGACAAGGACCCUGCAGAAGAGCUACUCCUACAUUGCGAAGGUCCUGAAGGGACUGGAGGAGCUGGAGUUCGCCCAGACGGCCCAGUACGUGGACACCUUUAACGACACUGCUGUCCACUGGUUCCCUGUGCAGAAGCUACAGCAGCUCUCCACGGAGGUCUGGACGUUCCGGGAAGAACCCGAGUAUCAGGACUGCGAGGACCUGGAGAUCAUCAGGAAGGAGAGACGGAAGAGCCCGCAGCCCCUGAGCUGAGCUCCCUGGCAGGCACGCGGUGUGAGCGGAGGCACACGCUGCCAGGGACCACAGGGCUGGCCGCUGUGAAGGGCAGGCCGAGAGCCCCUUUCUUGGCAGCCCAGGAAGCACCUCCACAGGGCCGUCCGAUUUCGAGGACGCAUGGCGUUCGAGAGCAGGUGAGGCACAUGUGAGGCAGCAUGGCCGUGUCUUCUGUCCUGGAGCCUGGCACAGUGUGCAGCGUCUCCAGUGACUACGGAAGGCACCCUUCCUGGAGCACUCCACUGCCGCUGAUGCCUGCACGCCGCCUACUUGGCCAUGUCGAUCAGGCUCUGCAGCGAGGUGGGCACCCAGGUCUUCUCGCCCUGCACGAAGACCACCCCACGGUCGAUGUAGAUCACGAUGCGGCCGAAGGUGUAGAGCUGCUUCCCCUCGUGCCGCUUCCCGAUGACGGGCAUGAAGACGAUGUUGUGCUCCUCGGCCUUGGUCUCGAUGAGGUCCUUAAAGUUCAUGGGCACCGAGCUGGCAGCCGCACCGAUGCCCCGCUGGGCCAUGUUCUCGGCCUCACGGCGCUCCUGCAUGGCCUCGUACUGGAAGUCCUUCCUCCGCUCCGUGUGGGUGAGGUAGGCGAUGUUCUCCCGUGCGCCUGGCUGCAUGUAGGCGCCUGUGGGGAGGGGAAGGCGGUCAGGACCUGACACCCUGGCCUGGGGGUGCCACAGCACCUGUGACUCACAAGGGCACUGAAGCACCCUCACAGAGGAGAUACGCAGCUCGGGGCUGGGGGCAGCGGUUUACAGAAAGCUGGCCGUCAUCAUGUCAUCAUGUAAGACUGUUUGCUAGUGUCAAAGAACCAGAGAUUAUGGGCUGUCCUGCGUAAAAAUGGGCUUUAGCCUUUCAGGGCUGGAAACCUUGGCAGUCAUUAGCCGGGAACCCAUUCCCAUCUUCCUUUGUAGUUUCCACUCUGCACUGCCAAACAUGCACCACCGUCCAAGAGCCGGAAAGCCCUGGCCCACUUCAACCCACUCCCGCAGGGCUCUGCCUUGGGAGAAUGUCACAUGUGCUGGGGCAGCAGAGACAUGGGUGUUUAGGGGGUAAGGCGGGACCACAAUGCCAAGUGCUGGGGGGGGGCACCGACAGGGAGCAGUCCUGGGAACACGGGGCAGGGCAUCUGGGGAAUUCCUGGAGAGCACGGAAAUGGACACAGCCCUUGGCGGCCUGGGGAGGCGCAAGAAGUGUGGACGCGUGGCUGCCUCAUUAAACAGUGUAUUUACGUAA